AUGCUGGCCCUCCUGAGCAAAUGGUUUUGGAAGGAUGAAUACUGGUUCCCCCCAGGAUACUCCUGGGCAGACAUGAAGGAGUCGGAUGAGAUCAAGUACCCUCAGCCCCGGGACCUCCUGAUGGCCCUCCCUGUGGCCAUGGUCAUGGUGGCUGUCCGAUACACCUUUGAAAGGUUUGUCGGGCUGCCCCUGAGCAGACUGCUGGGGGUAAGGAACCAAGUGAGAUUAAAAGCCUCUCCCAACCCUUUGCUGGAAGCUUUCUUCCUGCUCCAGAGCAAGACUCCCAAGGAGGACCAGCUGCUCAGUCUCAGCAGGCAGUGUGACCUGUCGGUCCGGCAGGUGGAGCGGUGGUUCCGAUGCAGACGGAACCAGGGCCGGCCCUGCAUGACCAAGAAAUUCUGUGAGGCCAGCUGGAGAUUUGUUUUCUACCUCUGUUCUUUCUUUGGUGGGCUGGCCAUCCUGCAUGAUAAACCCUGGUUUAUGGAGCCCAAGCUGUGCUGGGACAGCUAUCCCUACCAGCCUCUGCUGCCUUCUCUGUACUGGUGGUACAUCCUGGAACUGGGUUUUUACAUCUCGCUGCUGCUCACUCUCCGCUUUGACGUGAAAAGGAAGGAUUUCAAAGAGCAGAUAAUUCAUCACUUUGUCACCAUCACCCUGAUGACGUUCUCCUACUGUGCCAAUUUCCUGCGCAUCGGGACACUGGUGUUGCUGCUCCAUGACAUGUCGGAUUACCUCCUGGAGGCCUGCAAGAUGUUUAAUUAUACUCAGUGGAGGAAGGUCUGCGAUGUCCUUUUCAUCAUUUUCGCCCUGGUGUUCAUUGUGAGCCGACUGUUCCUGUAUCCAACCAAGGUUCUCUACACCACGUACUACGAAUCAAUGGUGUCCUUCAAGCCAUUCCUCGGAUACUACUUCUUCAAUGGCCUCCUCAUGGUCCUGCAGGUGCUGCACGUCUUCUGGUCCUACCUCAUCCUGCGCAUGGUCUACAAGUUCACCAUUGUUGGCCAGAUGGAGAAGGACGAAAGGAGUGAUGUGGAAGAGGUGCUGACAGAAGAUGAGCCGGAACACCUCCCCAACGGGGCUGACCACCUCAGCAGCACCUCCAACAACAACUGUGCCCCGAAGAGCAGGGUGGAAGGGUCGCGCCACCUUGCCAAUGGACACCUCAAAGCCACAUAGCCCCUGCUCAGCUCAGAGGGGACCUGGCCGGCAGCGGAGGGACUUGGACGUCUGGAGAGCCCCAUGGACCUGGCGAUUCCCCUUAGUUUCCCGUGGAAUCCUUUUGUGUCAGCGUGCUAUUCUCUAUGACCACCCCCUGCCUUCCAGGCGGGUGAGACUGGGGUUCUGGCCCUUUGAUGGUGUCCCCUAUCUGUCCCUCACGCCCCUUCAGAGGGCUGAGGGGAGGAGGAGCCAGAGCCGGAGGAGAGAUCAAAUGAUCUUAGAGGGCUGUAGGUUUUUCCUUAAUUGCCUUUUCUCUCAAGCAGGCUCCCCUAGGCAGAAACCAAGAUUGUUAUUCUAAUCUGG